GAGAGAGAGAGAGAGAGAGAGAGAGAGAGAGUAAAGCUGUUCAAAAAGCUACAUUUUGAGAAAAAAAUAAUUCGACCUCUUUCUACAGGCUCCUCUAUAAAGUGACCGAAAUCACAGAGCAGAUUGAAUAACGUCUCGCAGAAAAAGUCAGAUGAUAUAAACAUUUAUACAACCAUGACUGACGGAGUGCAAAGAUACAGAGCAAACUUUUUAUUCGUGUCAGGAUUUUAUGGGAAACCGGUUUGAAGGUGGUGACUGGAUAAAGAGGUGGAGGAGAAUGAGGAACAAAUUAGUUCAUACUAAAAAGUCUCUGAAAUACAUAAAUACUAGAGACAGGGCUGCAAUUAUAGCAGGAUACCCCAGAAAGGCGCUACACUCUCUGUUGCCCUCCGUCAAUACGAGUGUGUGUGAGUGCAAACUUGCUGAUGGAGAAGUAUACGCUAGGCUUUACUCCAUCACAUAAACGUCUCCCAGCAAGAACAGAACCAGACAUGAAAAACAUCUCCUAAAUGGGAUUUGGAAACAAAUGGAUAUUCUGUCUGUCAUACUAGGCAACAUAGCUAGCUUCUCUCGCUGUUUUGCCUGAAUGGGGUUUUCGUGCACAGAGGGAGUUCUGUGCAAUGGGGUGACAUAUUCAAAAGGGCAGUUUGAUGGAUGUGUAAUGAGUCAGUAGUGUAUCUAGGGGGUCUGCGCUGUUUACAGCUGUUUUGUAAUUGGUAGAAAGCAGGCAGGCAGUAACUUUUUCCAUAAGAACAUUUAUUACAGCAGGAGGGACAGGCAUACACACAGCGCUCAUCUUGUAACCCUCAGCAGAACUUCCCUGAACUCUACACUACACCUCUACUGUAUAUGUAUUAAAGUCUCUUUCCGGAGCAUUUAUCUUAUCCGAUGGCACCAUCUAGUGGCUAGCAAGCAUAUCACACAAAAAGUCUGUCGCUCAGUUUUUUUAAGAUGGCGACUUCACGUUUCUUGUUUAUAAACGUGCUUCUGUAGUCGACGAACAGAGCUAAAAGUAUUAUUCUCAUUUCAUGCCGUGUUUUCAUAUAUUUAUAUUUUAAAGACUUUCUUGUUUGUGAAAAGUUCAUCACGUCUGCAUCAGCCGAGGUAUUCCUUAAAUUUGAAGCAAGUAAGUCUAACACUAUUGGUUAGUUCUGGUUGGCGCUCAGUUUCCUGUUGCACGGAGCUCUUCGGGCCAGGGGCCGUGCUUAGCAAAAAAAAUAUAUAUAUAUAUAAUUGCUUACAUGUUAUCACAGUACAUGAUAAAAUAAUCACUUUUACGGAUUUCUGACAAAUCAUAAUUUCUGAAAAGGGAAAACUCCGGAUAGAUACUUUAACAGUGCUCUGCUACCGAAUAUUGUUCCAUUCAGUACACAUUAACAAUGUUUCAUAAAUAUUUACACUUCAUCAAUAACACAUGUACUAAUAUUUUCACAUCCCAACAAACACCAAAAUUAUUACCUUUAUAAUGAGACCAAAGUAAUUAAAUAGACCUUGUGAUUACACAAAUUUACUCGUUAAAGUGUGGGUAUGUCAUCUCUGACGCACUAACGUCAUAUUUUAUUUUGAAAAAGAACUUGGGGGCAAAUUGUCUUGAAUGAUUACAAUUUGAUUAAUUACAAAGCCUCUGAUUUAUUUGAUCAUUUUUUUUAGUCAAGUCCCACCGAUGAUAUAAAUAUUGAUUUACAUGCACAUCAGAAAACCAACUUAUUGCCCUAAAUAUACAGAGUUUUUUUUUUUUUUAUGUAAACGCGCUCGUCUUGUUGAGGCAUCCAAAUAAUGCGGUCGGAAACCAAUUGCAUCUGCAUGUAAACAGCUUUGUCAAGCUGAUACCGGUGACUUCCAAAAAUGAUGAGACCCCGGAAGUGGUCUUCUUAUAAUAUCCAAAGGUGUUCGAUUGAAGGCGACUGGACUUUAGUUUCUUGAAGACGUUUCGCUUCUCAUCUGACGAGCUUUGUCAAUUCUGACUGGAAUAUGGGAGUCAAGCUUACAGUGGUGUGAAAAACUAUUUGCCCUCUUCCUGAUUUCUUAUUCUUUUGCAUGUUUGUCACACAAAAUGUUUCUGAUCAUCAAACACAUUUAACCAUUAGUCAAAGAUAACACGAGUAAACACAAAAUGCAGUUUUGAAAUGAUGGUUUUUAUUAUUUAGGGAGAGAACAAAAUCCAAACCUACAUUGCCCUGUGUGAAAAAGUAAUUGCCCCCCUUGUUAAAAAAAAUAACCCAACUGUGGUGUUUCACACCUGAGUUCAAUUUCUGUAGCCACCCCCAAGCCUGAUUACUGCCGCACCUGUUUCAAUCAAGAAAUCACUUAAAUAUGAGCUGCCUGACACAGAGAAGUAGAACAAAAGCACCUCAAAAGCUAGACAUCAUGCGAAGAUCCAAAGAAAUUCAAGAACAAAUGAGAGCAAAAGUAAUUGAGAUCUAUCGGUCUGGAAAAGGUUAUGAAGCCGUUUCUAAAGCUUUGGGGCUCCAGCGAACCACAGUGAGAGCCAUUAUCCACGAAUGGCAAUGACAUGGAAAUGUGGUGAACCUUCCCAGGAGUGGGCGGCCGACCAAAAUUACCCCAAGAGUGCAGAGACAACUCAUCCGAGAGGUCACAAAAGACCCCAGAACAACUUCUAAAGAACUGCAGGCCUCACUUGCCUCAAUUAAGGUCAGUGUUCACGAUUCCACCAUAAGAAAGAGACUGGGCAAAAAUGGCCUGCACAGCAGAUUUCCAAGACGCAAACCACUGUUAAGCAAAAAGAACAUUAGGGCUCGUCUCAAUUUUGCUAAGAAACAUCUCAAUGAUUUCCUAGACUUUUGGGAAAAUACCUUGUGGACUGAUGCGACAAAAGUUGAACAUUUUGGAAGGCAAAUGUCCCAUUACAUCUGGCGUAGAAGUAACACAGCAUUUCAGACAAAGAACAUCAUACCAACAGUAAAAUAUGGUGGUGGUAGUGUGAUGGUCUGGGGUUGUUUUGCUGCUUCAGGAACUGGAAGACUUGCUGUGAUAAAUGGAACCAUGAAUUCUACUGUCUUCCAAAGCAUCCUGAAGGAGAAUGUCCGGCCAUCUGUUCGUCAACUAAAGCUGAAGCGAUCUUGGGUGCUGCAGCAGGACAAUGACCCAAAACGCACCAGCAAAUCCACCUCUGAAUGGCUGAAGAACAACAAAAUGAAGACUUUGGAGUGGCCUAGUCAAAGUCCUGACCAGAAUCCUAUUGAGAUGCUAUGGCAUGACCUUAAAAAGGUGGUUCAUUCUAGAAAACCCUCAAAUAAAGCUGAAUUACAACAAUUCUGCAAAAAUGAGUGGGCCAAAAUUCCUCCAGGGCGCUGUAAAUGACUCGUAGCAAGUUAUCACAAACGCUUGAUUGCAGUUAUUGCUGCUAAGGGCAGCCCAACCAGUUAUUAGGUUCAGGGGGCAAUUACUUUUUCACACAGGGCAAUGUAGGUUUGGAUUUUGUUCUCUCCCUAAAUAAUAAAAACCAUCAUUUCAAAACUGCAUUUUGUGUUUACUUGUGUUAUCUUUGACUAAUGGUUAAAUGUGUUUGAUCAGAAACAUUUUGUGUGACAAACAUGCAAAAGAAUAAGAAAUCAGGAAGGGGGCAAAUAGUUUUUCACACCACUGUACUGUAACUGUCCAUUGCUGCAUAACAAGCAGAAACUACCUAUGAAUACUGGGGAUGGAGAGAUUCACCAAUCUGAAUGGUGGUGGUUCGUUCAUGAGGUUAGCAGUGUGGGUUAGGGUUAGGGUUUUGUGUGAAAAUAAGUCCAGGACUAUAUAUGUGCUUCGUGAAAGUGACGUCAUCGAACCAAACACGGAGAAAAACAGAGGGAAAUGGCUAUAAGUUCAGUGAACUUGAAAUCCAUCUUUCAGGAGGAAAGAAUCACCAUACAUAUGGCCAUUUGGUAAGUAGCAGCUAUGCUAGGGAAGAGGAGAUAAUGUGGUGGCGUAAUAUAUGCGACGUGCCGAUGUUUGAUUUGUAGUCAUGCUAAUUACAAGCUGAUAAAUGUCAAAGUACAUGACAGGCGUGGUCGAAACACCCAUAAUCAGUUUUCAUUUAAAUUGAAGUACAACAUAUACAGGUGCUGGCCAGUAAAUUAGAAUAUCAUCAAAAGGUUGAAAAUAUUUCAGUAAUUCCAUUCAAAACGUGAAACUUGUACAUUAUAUUCAUGCAAUGCACACAGACCAAUGUAUUUCCAAUGUUCAUUACAUUUAAAUUUGAUAUUCAUAAGUGACAACUAAUGAAAACUCCAAAUUUGGUAUCUCAAAAAAUUAGAAUAUUCUGAAAAGGCUGAAUAUAGAAGACACCUGCUGCCACUCUAAUCAGCUGAUUUACUCAAAACACCUGCAAAGGCCUUUAAAAGGUCCCUCAGUCUUGUUUUGAAGGCACCACAAUCAUGGGGAAGACUUCUGACUUAACAGCUGUCCAAAAGACAAUCAUUGACACCUUGCACAAGGAGGGCAAGACACAAAAGGUGAUUGCUAAAGAAGCUGGCUGUUCGCAGAGCUCUGUGUCCAAGCACAUUAACAGACAGGCGAAGGGACGGAAAAAAUGUGGUAGAAAAAAGUGUACAAGCUCUAGGGAUAACCGCACCCUGCAGAGAAUUGUGACGACAAACCCAUUCAAAAAUGUGGGGGAGAUCCACAAAGAGUGGACUGCAGCUGGAGUCAGCGCUUCAAGAACCACCACGAGGAGACUCAUGAAAGACAUGGGAUUCAGGUGUCGCAUUCCGUGUGUCAAGCCACUCUUGAACAAGAAACAGCGCAAGAAGCGUCUCGUCUGGGCCAAGGACAAAAAGGACUGGACUGAUGCUGAGUGGUCCAAAGUUAUGUUUUCUGAUGAAAGCAAGUUCUGCAUUUCCUUUGGAAAUCAAGGACCCAGAGUCUGGAGGAAGAGCGGAGAAGCACAGAAUCCACGUUGCAUGAGGUCCAGUGUAAAGUUUCCACCGUCAGUGAUGGUGUGGGGUGCCAUGUCAUCUGCCGGUGUUGGCCCACUCUGUUUCCUGAGGUCCAGGGUCAAUGCAGCCGUCUACCAGGAAGUUUUAGAGCACUUCAUGCUUCCUGCUGCUGACCAACUUUAUGGGGAUGCAGACUUCACCUUUCAACAGGACUUGGCACCUGCACACAGUGCCAAAACCACCAGCACCUGGUUCAAGGACCAUGGUAUCCCUGUCCUUGAUUGGCCAGCAAACUCGCCUGACCUUAACCCCAUAGAAAAUCUAUGGGGUAUUGUGAAGCGGAGGAUGCAAUACGCUAGACCCAACAAUGCAGAGGAGCUGAAGACGACUAUCAGAGCAACCUGGGCUCUCAUAACACCUGAGCAGUGCCACAGACUGAUCGAGUCCAUGCCACGCCGCAUUACUGCAGUUAUUGAGGCAAAAGGAGCCCCGACUAAGUAUUGAGUGCUAUACAUGCACAUUCUUUUCAUGUUCAUUCUUUUCAGUUGGCCAACAUUAGAGAAACAAACAUUUUUUCAUUGGCCUUUAGAAUAUUCUAAUUUUCUGAGAUACCAGAUUUGAUGUUUUCAUUGGUUGUCACCUAUAAAUAUCAAAAUUAAACGUAAUAAACAUCGGAAAUACAUUGGUCUGUGUGCAUUGCAUGAAUAUAAUGUACAAGUUUCACGUUUUGAAUGGAAUUACUGAAAUAUUUUCAACCUUUUGAUGAUAUUCUAAUUUACUGGCCAGCACCUGUAUGCGAUCCAGGGCGUAAGGUAAAGCUGAUUAGAAAAUAGCUCUUUUAGCCCCGUUGACUUGCAUUCAUUUUAUUUAUUUAUUGUUCUUCCGGGAGCCCAUGAUGCGGAAGUGACUUAGGCUCCCUAUCGGUUGAAAUUAAACGUGUUUUAAUUUGAUGGGAUUUUGCUCCGUUUCCGGUACUACUGCGUAGUAACGUGUGCAACUUGACGGAGUUUUGCUUAGUACAGCAAGUGCUGAACAGUUAUCAUGUGCUAAUAAGUUAAAGACGGUAGACGGAUCCAUGAUGAGGGACGUGCACGGGUUCAUGAGACCGGUACCAGAGGUAUGUUGACCCAGAACGGGAUGGUCCGAGUCAGAAACCCGUGAAAACCCGCUCGCUCCUCGGCCACAAGAUGAGAGUCGCUGUGGACAUGGUGUCCGCCUGCUGGUUCUCCCCUCGGACUUAGUUUGGGUUUCCUCGACCUGUCGCCGGUCACCGUCUCUGUAUGACAGGAGCUGUGGCAGAUUCAUCCUCAUCUCAUUCAGCAUUUCCAUAGUUUUGUUCCUCAGUACGGUAGUACCAUGAAGAGUGGGAGAAAGAACAAGGAGCCACCUGGUGGUGGGGAGGUCACUGGCAAGCGGCCCAAACGCAAAUGUCUGCAGUGGCACCCUCUUCUAUCUAAAAAGACAGUGGAUUUCUCUGAAGAAGAGGAAGAAGAUGAUGAAGAACAGCUGACUAAACAGCCAGUCCUGUGUAGUCAGGACCAGGACUCGCAGGUUCAGACUGCAAGCACAACAGAGGAUGCUGAGGAAGACUCCAGUGAACACCGAGCACGCCGACCAAUGAAUGCCUUCCUCCUCUUUUGCAAACGCCACCGUUCGCUGGUGCGGCAGGAACACCCUCGUCUUGAUAACCGCGGGGCCACCAAAAUCCUGGCUGACUGGUGGGCGGUGCUGGAGCCCAAAGAAAAGCAAAAAUACACGGAUAUGGCCAAGGAGUACAAGGACGCCUUCAUGAAGGCAAACCCAGGCUACAAGUGGUGUCCCACAAUAAGCAAACCAGUGAAGAACUCUUCCUGCCAGUCUGUUGGUAGUCCCCGCAAAAAGGUUUGGUCCUUCACCUGCAGCUCACUCCAGGAUUCUACUGCUAAGAAAGUGCCAGAAACCGACAGUUUGCCCCAGUUAAACUUUGCCAUGGCAGACCCUACGAAGAUGGGAGGCCUGAGCAUGCUGCUGUUAGCUGGUGAACAUGCCCUCACUAACAGAGAGAUCCCUUCAAGCACUAAACCCAGUUUACCAGAAGUAGUCGACGAGGCAAACGUCUUUCCAGAGGAAAAGGAAGAGAUUCACUCUCGGCCAAUUCCUAACAGAGUGCCUGAUCAUUCUGAAAGCAGGGUCCAGUCUGUGCUUUCCCCUUUGGAGGAGCCUCUGCUGACAGCUGCUCCUGAAGGAAAACCCUGCAGACAGUCUGCUCUCUUCCAGCUUGCUGAGAUGUGUUUAGCAUCUGAAGCUGGAAAAAUGGACACAGCAGUGUCUGAACCAGAGGACAGCUCCUCGUCAGCCUCCACCAUGAAGCCCCCACAGAUUAAAGAGGAGAGCACACACACUGACCACUAUCCUGCUUCCACUCACACAUCAGCACUUUCUCCUUCUCUUCCUUUUGUCACUUCUACCUCCACUGAUGCCAUUCCCCCACACAACAGCUGCCAAAGUACAUGUGUCAAAAAGAAGAACAAGAAAACAGAAGAGGUCAAGACAAACGACAGUGAUGCGACAACGAGGAUCAGCAAGAAGUGUGACGGGCCAGAGUCCGGCGUGGACAGUGUCUUUAGUACCAUUGAUGCGGUGGCCAGAGGAGCCUGGGUGGACUCGGAGGGCAAGCCCAAGAUCAUGACCCACACCAGUCUCGCUGGUGGAAGGUUAAGUCUGCUCAAAAAGAAAAGUAACGCCAAAGUAAAGACGUUUGUCAAAGAGAAAGAAGCGUUAGAUGAUGGCAGUGGGCUGCAUGGCUCCUCUGAUGUGGAGAUGAAAGAUGGCAUUCCUGAUAUUAACCUCAAGGCAGAUGAGGAAACAGCAGAUAUAAGCACAGACCUCCAGGGCUAUGUACCAGAGCUCCCUCAGUUGGAGGAGGUGAAGGAGAGGCCAGGUGACCCAGCCUCUGAAGGGAACACAGAGAACCGCGGCUCCAGAAAAUCAGAGCGCAGCUGUAAAGGCGCCUUGUAUAAAACUCUGGUGUCCGAGGGGAUGCUGACCUCGCUCAGAGCCAACAUCGAUCGAGGUAAAAGAGGUGCUUUCCGAGCGUUUGAUCACGAUGCUAACUGGAGUCAUGACAGCUGUGUGGUCUCACCGAUCGGACCCAAUAAUCCCAAGAAGCUGAAAAAAUCCAAGUCCAAAGAUGAGUCUUCACAGGGCCUAGGGAAAUUAGAGGAGGAGUUUGAAAGGAAGUUUAACAGCCUGCCGCAGUUCAGCCCUUUAACUUUUGAUAAGAAGGGGACAGCCGUCGCUAAGAAAAGGAGGACAGACGGCUCCACUCAUCAAGAGGACACCACUAAAUCUGCUAAAGGAGUGCAGCCAAACAAAGUGGUUCAGAGUGACUUCACUACACUGGAUUCAGCUUCAAAAGACAGAUCACGUGCUGCCGUCGCUCUGAUGUUUCCAGAUGUCCAGGGCACCACUAGUAUGGAGAUGCUGGUUGGUAGCCAGAAGAGGAAGGCCAGAAGGACCAAGAUCACACAUUUGGUUCGCACGGCCGAUGGCAGCGUGUCUCCAGCUGAAGAAGACAAAAUUAGGGACCCCAACCAGGACCAGGAUAAGAAGCCAUUAACCCAACAACCUUUAUGCAAUGAAACGAGGUGCUGCAGUAGUUCCAGAGAGGAGGAGGCUGAGAGGAGCACCGUUCCACAAGAGCUACCUGCUUUCUUCAGCUUGGCUGCCCUUGCUGAGGUAGCAGCCAUGGAGAACGUUCACCGAGGCCAGAGGAACUUGGCUCAGACUCAGAAGAAGGAGCUUUCCCAGACUCCAGUUCUCAUCUCCUGCGCUGAUCAGUGAUGUCCUGCUGCCGCUCUGAUGAGAAGAUGUCCAAACGGUGGUGUGGGAGCUUCUCUUUCCUCGUUAGUCUCUUCAUCAGGAUGACUUGGACAGACUCCAGGUCCCCCUUUGAGUCUGGAGCUGUCAGGAAAGAAGCCCUACCCUUGUCCCUCUGCCUGUCGGUGUCUCAGUGUCUCCCCCAAACCUUCCCUUGGUCUGAGGGUGGACGCCUUUCUCAAGGACUAGCUGUGUCUUUGAACUAAGCAUGUUCCUUUCCUUCAGUAAGUGAAUUACCAACCAGAUGUGGUGUGUGUGGUCCCAGGUCAGAGCAGUAGACCGGAGGACUGGAUUCUAAAGCCCAUCAUGUCUCAACAGCAAACUAAAGUCACUUGAUUUCUCACCUGAAGCUACUUUGACAAAACUCUUGUUUCUGAACACAGGAGCUGACUCUGUCAGUUUUUGUGUUUUUGAAAAAGCUUUAUUGUCACAGAACUGGACCAGCUGCUCCCAUGUUCUGACAGCUGCAAUCACUGCUUGUGUCACCGUCUUCAGGCUUCGGCUGGCCGUCGGCGUUAGCUUGUUACUUCCUCUUAGAGCUGCAAUGGCAAAUGUGGAAAACAAAUUAGCUUAAAACUAGGGAUGUCCCGAUCAGGUUUGUUUGUCCUCGAGUCUGAGUCAUUUGAUUUUGAGAAUCUGCCGAUACCGAGUCCCGAUCCGAUACUUUCGAUACAUUUAAAAAAAAAAAGACAAAGAAAAGGAAGAAACAGUUCCAGAAUGUUCCUUAUUUUUUAUUUAAUUACCUUUUUAUUUAAAUUUUUAACAACAGAACACUUCUGUGAGGUAGCUUGAACAAUCAAGUAAUAAAUAACAUGAAUUCUUCACUUUUGGACUUUAUUGCAAAUAUAAAAAGUCUAAUAUAAAAACAGAUAGCACUUCAACUUAAAAUACCUGGCAGGGGUCUAUUUAGCCUCGGCCCCCAAAAUGCUUAGAUACGCCCCUGGGCAUGGGACGGAGUUUUGAAGAUGAUCUGAAUUGUAUCAACUAUAUAAAAACUACAUGCUGAUAAGUUAUUGCUUUAUACAGGUACAAACGUGUAGUGGGAUCAAUCUUUGUUUUGUUUUCUCGGGUUUUAUUUUCCCGUCUUCCUGUCCCGUCUGUCUCUGAUCUUCCUGCAUCUCCCAGUCCUCCAGAAAAACUCCUGCCUGCUUCCUUCUUUUUCACCUCACAAGUUACUUUUUAACUAGCAGAUCAAAUUGAUCUAUUGACCGCAAAAAAGCAGAGUGUGCGCCGCGCUGCCCGGCUGUGCCAGUGACGAGCGUUGCAGCGCGAGCGCGUCCACACAUCAUGCUCAAAUACAGACAGAACUUACCAGAGAAGAUGAACGGACACGAAUGACUGUGUGCUAAAUAUACAUUUUUGGUGACGCUACUUAGAAACUUAGAAAAUGUGACUGUGGCCGUGUGCAGAACGCAGCUGGAGUUCAUGAAUAUUCAGCGGUCUGCCUGCUGCUCUGCUCAAAAGAAUCUCCGCUACGCUGAGUCCAUAUAAAUAAUAUAAUAUCGGUAGAAACUGGAUCUCUUGUGCUCCUUCUGGGUGUGUAAGUUAAGGGCGUCAGGGGAGCCUGACAACCUUUAAGGAGAACCAAGUUGCUCUCCUUUAAUUUGAACCCAGUAUCCAACUCUGGAUCGGGGCUUGGAUCGGGAAGUAAAGCCGAGUCCCGAUCAGUCUGAAACCACGUGAUCGGGGCCGAUUUCUGAUCAUGUGAUCGGAUCGGGACAUCCCUACUUAAAACAUUUGUUUAUGCGUCUAAACAACAUUUUAACAUAGUAAAGCUAGAAAUGUAUUGUAGACAUUAAAAAACUGAAAAUAAUUAAUGAAGGGAUUCUCUCACAUUUGCAUAAAAACCUCGACCAAUAACACGUUUCGGACCAAAAGCAACUAUUGGACCAUCCGGUUGUCGGUCUCACCGAACUGUCGCACGUCCCUGGGUCCUCCACUCAUCACACACUCACGCAUUUAGCAACAGGACACCACUGGUGUGAGAGGUUCUCUCAAUAACAUCAGAGAAGGAGAAACAGCCGGCUGCUACCGCUACAAAUUUAGGACAAACUACCGGAGCUUCAAAAAGAAAAACGGCGUUUGACGUCACGGACAACAAAAGACAUUUGGACCAAGAAAGCAGCGACUGAUGUUUAGCGCUAUCUCGUCUCAGGGAAGAAACCCGAGGGGAGGGGUGAGUGUUCUGUGACCGUGGCACCAGAGCGAGUUUAUUAUGGAAACAUUAAGUUAUUAAAACAAAUUCUGAGUUGUGAAACUCUAAACUUCUUCCUCAGCAGAGGAUGGAUUUUAAACCGUAGCGAGGGACAACAACCCACAGCUGUUACUGGUGGUGGACAUGAGCUGUUCUGGUGGCCCUGCCUGUCCUCCCUGGUUCUUUGAACUGAGCAUGCUCAGACUUCACAGGCCUGCUUUUUAACAACAACAACAAAAUAUCCCUUUAAACGGAUCCGUUCUAUGCACUCGAACCAUUAAAGCAACAUUAGCUUGUUUUGUUUUGAGUCCAUCAUCGACAGUACGCGGCUCAGUGAGGCAUGCUAACCACCGAGUACUGUUUGUGUCAAACAAAUUAUGGAUGAGUACCUUACACUCCUGAUGAGAGGACCCCCCUCCCCCUCCCCCCAAUGGGAAAUAGAGUAAACAGGCAACUUUUUUAAGAGGUUUGAUAGAUUUGUUUAUGUUACGGUCAAAAGAGGCCAUUUCUGGGUGGGGGGGUGUUAGGGGUCUUGCGUUUUGUAGAAACCUCCAGCUUUCUGAAACAUCUUUACCUCACACACUUCUGCUGUAGAGCUCCUCCUGUCUGCUCCCCCGCUGCCUCCUUAGCUGACCACUUGAACAACAGCACUUGUUAAACCCUCAGUCUGCUCUGAAACCUUUGCCUGGGAGACACCUAGCUGGGGGCCUACUCUGUGUCCUGUCAGUCUGGCACAGGUCUUCCACAGCCCCCCCACCCUGGUAGCAAAGAUGGACCCCCCACCGUGGGUGCCUCUGUCUCAGUGAAAGACCGCAUUUCUAUUUACAAAUGAAAACGACAAUCAGUUGCCCCUGUUUGGUAACACAGGUCAAGUCCAACACGAGGCUGUGUUGUAGAUGUUGAUACCUGACACUUGAGGCCACGCCCAUGCCUUCCUCCACCUCUCCUAUGUUGCAGAAUUAUCUGAGAUACAGAGAAAAAUGGUUGCUGGCACAAAACCGCUCUGAGACUGAAGCAGAUUAACCCCCAGAUAAAAACCGGCAACAGUGAUGUAUUUUGCUCAGGAUGCAGGAGGACACCCCGUUCAUUAUAGGAGGAGGUCCAUCUAUCCAACACCCCCCCAUGCUAAAAGCAGCUUUCUGGCCUCACUGACCACCCAAAGCACUUUACACUACUGGUCAUUUUCUCUCACACCGCGGAUUCAGUAGGUGGGGCUACAUAACCUUCAGCUUCUGCCCAAGGACACUUGGGCAGAAGCUGAAAUUAAAACAACAAUCUUUCAAUUGGCAGACGACCAUUCUACCACCACAACCAAUCAAACCCUUAGACAUGUGACCAGAACUCCAUACACUUUGGUCGUGUGACGAGUCAAAACGACUCACUGAUUGGACAGGUGGGCCAGUGACUCCCCCUCAGUGGGAUUCUCACAAAUAUUACUGUAAAGCCUGGGAUGAAAGGAAGUCCUUUACCUUCUGCUUGAUCUGGGUGCUGCCAGCUCAUACUUUAUAGUCUGACCCGACUUUUUACUCAGCAGUCACUUUUACAACGUGACUAAUCGUUUUGUACCCAGCAGGUGCUGUUGUGUUCUAGUAGGGUAGAACUUUGAUCAUUCUGUACCCGAGUGGAGCUAAAGGGUCACCAUAUGCGGCUCAUUAUAGGCCCAGUGUAUCAAUAAAGGAGAGGAGGAACGCUUUUUAACACAACACCAGUGUCACUCAGCCAUUGUUCACUCCAUGCUGCAGUCAUGGCCCCAUGUUUAUUACACAAAAGGAGAACUUCCUGUCAUGUGCUCCCGAUAAGUGGUCCGGGUGCUUCACUUCCUCACUCAAGAGUUCCACCUUUUACAUUCCUUGACUUUGUGUUGAUUACCAUUAAUAGAGUCGGUUCUGAGAUGCAUCCAGAUGUCCAGGUUUACACAGCAGAAAGAUGAACUUCUGUAACUCCAGCUGUCACAUCACUGAUCCUUCUCAGACCCACAAAAAUACAGGAAUUUGACCAAAGCUGCAGAAAUCUAAAAUGGCGGGAGUAUGUUCCCUGAGCCAUUCUAACACCUGGGGGUUUUCAUGGUCUGGAUGAGUGAGAAUAUACUUGAUGUGCAACUGUCUCCAAAUAGUUUCUGAUUUUCCUGUAAAACGAGUUUUAAAAACGUUUUCUGAUCAUAAAUGGUUUAAAUGUGUUGAAAGGAGAGCACGGUUCUCUGGAAUUAAGACAUACUAUUCUGGUCCUGUUGGCCUUCAGAUACUUUAUUGGUCUGAUGAAUGGUCCUUGAGGGCACAUCUAAUCAGGUUCUGCAGAUGAACCUUCAGCCUGGUGUUUAUUACUAUUUUGUUGUUGACUUUGAGUCUGAAUCAUUCCAUUUCCUUGGCUUUGGUUUGGCAGUAGUUGGGUUUAGUUUACCAGCUAUUAAAAUCCAAAGGGAUGCAGUAAAACUGCAGGUUUGUUUUCCUCAGAGCUCCUCUUUCCUUCUUUCCUCUGUAGACCAAUAAUCACAUUUUAAAUCUAAGCAUAUUUAUAACUAGAGAAGCUUUUCCGCUCCUGUUCCUCUUAGUGUGUGCUUUAUGACACGGAUGUUUUUAGGGUCAUUUUACUUCAUCUGGAUUAGAAGUUUAGAGCUCACAGACCAUAAAUGGACCUGGUUGAUCUUUGGUUUCUUUGUCAGAACGUCAGGAGAGACGGACGUAGUGGUCUCUACAGAUCUAGUGUCUAGCACGUUGAUGCUUUCUGGUGAGGAUCUUGUUCAGGCCGGGGAUUCAGAUGAGUGUGUGUGUGUGUGUGUGUGUGUGUGUGUGUGUGUGUGUGUGUGUGUGUGUGUCUGCGUGUGUGUGUGUGUGUGUGCUGCAAUUUACUCUAAAAGGAGGAGGAGAAGUUCCAUGGUGACUGUGUUCUGAGGGGAGUCCUCUGAGUAAAUAGUUAUUUAACGGAGCACUAACCAACCUUGUUCUCCAAUAGUGUAUUCUACAGUUGACGUCUUUGCUUUGUCUGCCAUCACCUCAGCGCGUUUCUCUUUCCGGCUGUUUCAUGUGUUCGCAGACCUUACCAGAAAAAGGACAAAAAUGUCAGCCUCUGGGUUUCUAGAGUCUGAUUAGCAUCUCCCCUAACAGCGGUGCUUAGGUCCUUCCUGUCCGAACAUCUUUAGGAGACAAAAGUACAGCUGUGAGACAAGCUGAGCGACUCAUGCAACAUACACACUUGUCUAGGGUUGCGUCUCAUAUUGCAUUGUGACUUUGCAAUCUAUUUUUAGCUCCUGUAGAGUAUGCUAUUGAGCUAAAAGAAGCAACAUUAUGCUUUGUGAUUGGUUUAUCGAUUACUACUCGGCUGUACGGAUGAAGGACCUUUCAAGCACCUGUGGGGGUUUACUUUGUUGUUCCCUCCCAGAUAUCCAAGAACAUUUUCUACCACCCGGGCAGGGUUGUCCUUUUCCCCUCUGAUUAAAGCUACUUUUGUUCGUUUGUGGAGGAAGAAGUGGUCUUCCCUCCCAAACUGCUUUUGUCUGCUUAGAGAAGAGAGUUUGUUGAGAUUUGCCAAAGAGAUAAAAAAAAAACAAAUAAAAAAAAGUUUUAUUCAAAAGAAAUGUGUUAUUGAAACAAUAAAGCUAGCAUAACUGUUGCACUGGAUUUAUUUUUAAGGCAGUUUGAGUCUUCAGGUAACUUAGCACAGAUAGUUGUAUCUAACAGGAUGUUGUGUUGGAACCCAGCUGCAACAAAAGGCCACCAGUCAAUUUCUCUCUACCUUAAAAAGUAUUUGCACCUUUUGACCAAAACCAAAAUCAGUAAGGUAUUAAAAAUUAGUUUCUAACCCGCUCUCUUCCAAUUUAUUGUAGGCCUUCCCUGUCAAUAAGAGUCCCACACCUACAGAGCAGCCAUAAGCGUGCCGCUAUCCCUUCACUUUUCUAUCUAGAAAUGCUUGUAUAAUGGGUAAAAUUCUUAUAUUAGUUACUAAAUGAUUAUAUUACCCUUUUGUGCUAGUACGGUCUUCUUGAAUGUAAUCAUUUUAUACCUGUAUUUUUCUAACUCUGUCUUGAUUGUACUGUAGGAAUGCUAUGAUGAGAGGCUGAUAUUUCAUGUGUUACAACAGUUCAGGUGGUGAACAGCUGCUGCACCGUCAACUCAGAGGAAUUCUGUGGAGACUUCAGGUCCCACGUAAACAUCCAUGAGACUGAUCACUAAGAGACUGUUGCGUUUUGAGUGGUGGCACAAUAUCAUUCCCUGGUUUGUGUUUGUUUUUUUUUUUUUUUUUGUUGCAGUAAUCGACUGUUGAAGACGGUUUGUGAAACCGGGACACUCAUGGGAUCAGAAUGACUGAGUGCUUGAGUUUCUACUUAUUUAUUACUGUUUCUUUUUUAGAGUUUAGUCAGAAGCAAACACCAUGUUUAUACUGAUCUUUCUGCCCUUUACUGGAAUGUAGUUUUUAGUUGUUUUUUUAUUUGUCUUGGUCAUGUUUGCGAUGAAGUUCUGCCGCAUAUUAUAAGCCUCCCUGACUCCGAUUAGUGCAUGUCAUGUGAGGUUGUUAAUCAUGUGCUUAUUGUAAUUUAUUUAGUUGGUUUUUACCAUCGCAUUUCCAUUUUUGAUUGUUAAAGCCUAAUUGUUUAGUGUAGCUUUGCCUUACUGGAAUCCCGGCAUAUGGUGGGAUCCCUCAGACACCACCGCCCCGCCCACAGCGCUGUCAUAACACUGUUUGAUGAUGCAACUAUUACUUCUUCAACACCUAUUAAAGUAACUGCUACUAUA